GAAUAUAUCUCAAUAGUAUCAGAUCAUUACUAAUAUUUUUCAACUAAAGGGUAUCAAGGGGGAUAUAUUUUCUCAUUUAUUAAACUCUUCUUAUUCAUAUCACUUAUUGUUGUUCAAAGGGUGAUGUAUACGUUUUACUUAGAAGACUUCUUGAGUUCGUAAUGCGAAUGCUUUUUGUAAAUAUUUGAGUCAUUUUUAUUUUCGCUGCUGCCUCUCUCAUUUAAAUUUGAUAUUCUUCUUUUUUUUAAGGUUUAAAUGUCAACCUUUAAAGGAAAAACUACCAGUGACACCAUUUCUCUCACUACUGAGGAAAUUAGAAAAGCUAUAAAUUCGCAAAAGAAGUUUAAUUGCACACUGAAUUGUGCCUAUCGCAGUGUUAUAAGGCAUUGGCCAAAUGAACACGCAUGGGAGGAUGAGCUCAACGCAAAGAUGAAUCAGCCAUGUGUAAUGGCCUUUUGCAUUCCUUUGGAGCAGAAAGCCUAUAUAUCCGAAAUCUUAACGAAUUUUUAUCCACCUCAGGGAAGCUUCCCUUUCUUUGCGUCCAAAUACCACAUAGUCGACAGCGGCGAUCGGGAGCAUCACACCUGGGAGCAAGUCAAGGAGAUUUUCAACACGCGUCAGGUCCAUUGGAUUUUUGUCCCUUUCCCGCGGACGAUUACCCGUUCCGCCGCGAACUACGAGUUCCUAUACCAACACAUCGUCGUGAAGGAAGGGAUUCGCGAGAUUGUCGGGUUUAGUGCCGCGCUGGAUGAUUUCUUGCCCUUGCUGGACUACUUCUCGGCUCGCAACGCGGGGGCCCGCGCCACGGAUCUCGCGCUGGGCCUCCCGGCGGGGGGCCUCGACACCAUGCGGGACUGGCCCCCUUCCCUGCGUGAGGUGAUGGGGGAUGGGGGCGUGCGGGACCCCUCCCCCCUUGCCCUUCCCGCUGGGCUGAACCUCUUCGGCAACGACCCCGCCACCGCGGUUCGGCUGCGGAAGAACAAGGCGAGCGUCCAAGAGGCCCUCCGGGCCCAGGGCCUGGCCCACAUCCCGGGCCUCGAGGCCUGGUCCGCGCGGGAGGCGAUGGCGUUGGGGGUCCUCUUUCCCGUCGUGGUGAAACCGGCCUGCGGGGCGGGCUCUGCCUUCGUCACGCUUUGCCACAACGAGCAGGAGCUGGAGGACGCCUUUGGGGUAUGGGAGGCCCAGUGGGGCUCGGGCCCCCCCCCUCAUGCCCUAUGGUCGUCGAGGAGUUCAUCGACGGCGAGGAGUACGUCUUGA